AUGCAAAACCAGACGUUGUCUGCUGGUUCAGCGCAGGCGGGAUCCGGCUCUGGUGCAGGGAACAACGCGCAGGCUGCAGAGAGGAAGGCGAUCGCGAUUGCGAUGGAGCUCGCAAACGCACGAGAAGAGCUCGCAAAGCAAGCGUCGUUGCGCACACGGCUCGAAGACCUUUGCAGACAGCUGCAGCAGGAGAAUCGACAAAUCAAGGAAGACGCAGUCCGUCGCGAUCAACUGUGGCAGUCGCAGACCGAGCAGGAGCGCGGCAUGAGCCAGAAGGCGCUCACGUCCAUGAAGGCAAUGAUUCUGACCUACCAGGAGCAGGUCGAGCUCCAGAACAACGCGCGGACUGCCAUGGAUGCACGCUUUACGCAAAUGACACAAAAGCUCGACGCCAUGUCUGAGCAAUACGAGCUGCGCGAGCAGCACUUUGAAAAGCAGCUAAACUCAAAGGAACUCGAGCUCAAGCUGGCCGCAGCCAAAUUUGAGCAGCAGCGGCACAUUGCCAACAUGGAGAAGACCAAGAAUGAAAAGCUCGUUCAAGCGCUGCGUGCGCUGCGCGAUUCCGAAAUUGAAAAGAGCGCCCAUCUCGGCAGCUACGCGGCCAGCUUCCGGCUCGUCGAGGACGUGGCCACCAAAAGCAACGAAAUGUUCCACACCUGCCGCGCCAAGAUCUCGGAAACGGAAAAGACAAACCGCAAGCUUGCGACAGACAAUGCCAAGUUGCUUGCCAAGCACGACAACGCCCAGCAAACCCUGUCGUCGGUUAUUUUCGCCUACAACACAACGGUCAAACUGCUCGACGGCACGACCCUCAAACUCUAUCGCAUCCAAGGCUUGUGUCGAGCGCUACAGGCCGAGCGCACGCAGCUCCGCAGCGUGAUGGAGCGUGUCAAGGGCACGCUGCUCGGAUUGCAAAACUGCUCCGAUCCCACCAUUGCCAACGCCAUGACCCAGGCGCUCAACGAAACCGGGUGCGACUUUGGGUCGUCGCUUGCCGAGAUUGCCGACGCCGCGCUGCAGUCUCAAGCCCAACUGCUGCCCGAGACACCACCGGUGCAGCUCGCCACCACCAUGGCCAAUCCCGAACAGCACGCUGCAGCGCUUGCCACAGCGGCCGCUGGUGCCGCUGCCGCCGACGCCGUGUCCCAGUUGGAGAUGGCCCAGCCCUACGUCAAUUACAAGGAGCUCAACUCGCAACUCAAGGAGGUCGGCGUGGAUGUCGACACUGAGAUGAACGCCGCCGAGGCGAUUGCCAAGAGCAUCAUGCAUGGCGAAGCCGUGGUGCUGUCGGAUCCCGCAGGCUCGGCGCUGCCGACUGCUGGUAGCAAGCCUUUCAAAAUCGCCAGCAACCCCGCGCUGCGAGCCGUCCAGUGA